AUGAAAUUCAGUUUAACAAAGUAAUUUGAUGAAGUACAUAUUUUUUAAUAAGUUAGAAUGAAUAUGUACCUUUUAAAAGAUCAAUAGAGAAAUUAUAAAUUAAACCAGAAAGUUAUGUUUAAUUUUGUAAUUUUGAUUGGAUUGCUAUUUAAAAAGACUCUGAUUUAACACUCUAUAGAGAUGGAUUAUAAGAUGUAUUACUUAAUUAUUGAUUUAGGCUAAUGAAAUUGAUCUCACUUAAUUAUUUGGCAAAACACAAUGUGGUAAAGUAUAAGUUUACUUUUUCAAAUUUGCAAAUGAAUAAUUUGAUCAAAAAUAAAUGAUCUUAAUUGGAAAUAGUAAUUUAUGUUUAUUUUAUUCUUAAGAUAUCAUUAUUGGCUAUGACAUAUUAGAAUUACCAAAAACAUGUAAAAUUUAGAUGAAUAAUGAUUAUACACUUAGAAAAAAGUUAUCAUUUUCUGAAGUACAAAUACUUGAACAAGAUUAAAACUUAUAUAUUCUUACAGAUCAUUUCGAUCUAAUUACAUUAAAUUUAGAUGAUAAAGAUAAUCGAUUCAAUUAUUAAUCUUUAUUAUUAAAAGGAAAUUUUAUCAAAAAACUUUUUUCAAAUAAUUUAGAUUUCUAUAUUUAAGGAGCUAAUUUCAAGUUUUCAAUCUUCGAAGAUACUUUAUUUAUAGUACAACAAACAACACCCAAUUAAAUUAAGACCUAUUAAUGUAGUCUAAAACCUUAUAAUUUGAUUGUAAUUUUUAUUUCAAUUCUUAUAGUCUUAAUCAUAAAGAAAUUUUGUUUGCGAUGUUACUAAUAUUAAUUGUUAAGUAGUUAUUAAUAAUUUUCAUGUAUCAAGAACUUCAAAGGGUAUGAAUUUAAUACUUUUUGCUAUCAUAGAAAAUAAAGAUUAAUUAGAUAGACAUAGUUAAAUUAAACUUAUUACAAAAGAGAUGGAAAUUAUUGAUUAAAAACAAGAUUUUUCUAAUUUAGAUAAAUUAACAUAUAUUGAUUUGAAUGAGUUAUAAUUACAAGGAAAUAAAAUAAAAUCAUUCUUCUUUGAAAAUGAUGAAAAUUUUAAUGUCUUAUACUCAGUUUUGGAUACUAAUUAUUAUCAUAAUAAUUUGUCUACAUCUAGUAAAGAACAUUUAGUUUUCAAUGGAAAUAUUUAAGGUAUAGGCAUUUCAAUAGAUAAUGAUUUCUCAUAAUUGAAAGUCUGUUCUAAUGGAAAAAUCUACAUCCUUGGAGAAAAUUAACAAAAAAGUCCAUAAUAAUUGUAAAAUUAUUAAAUUAUAAUUUUUAGAGUCACUCAUUUCUAAGGUAGAUGUAUGAAUGAAAUUAUAUUUAAUUUAUUAAAAGAAGGCUUUAAGAAUUUUUGUGCUCAUUCAAAUUCUAAUUCAGCUUUCUUAAAAUUAGAGUUUUAAGCAUUUCAUGAAUAAAUAAUUUGUCAAGUAAUUAAUUAAAUUGUUUGGGAUUUCAUGGAAACUCCUAUUUCAAAAUACAUAAAUGUUUAAACUUAAUUGCAAGAAAACUAAAAAAAACUAGAAUAAUGGUUGUAAUACACAAAAACAGUAGUUAAGAACCAAUAAAUUAUUUUAAAUUUAAUAAAAUAUUAAACUUGUUUAAAAGUUGGUGAAUACAUAAAUAACAAUGAAAAUAGUUUACAGUAAUUAAUAAAUAAUUGUUUAAAUAAAUGGCAAUUAUUUUCGUAAUUUGAAUCUUAAUUUUAUUCAAAAUUAGAAGAUCUUUAAACAAUAAUAAAUGAAUUUUUAAAUCUUUAGGAUUAAGAAUCAGAUAAACAUUUGUUUAAUAUUUUAGAUAUUAUUUACUCUAAUAUUUAUGAAGCAAAAUCAAUGAAUAACAUUUAAUUUGCUAAGUUUUGGACAAAUGAAUCAUAAUGGUUGGAUUUAAUUAUGCAAGCCAUACCUAAAUUAAAAAAUAUGUAAAUUAACUUUUUUACUUUAUUUGAAUUUCUCAUAAAAGAUAUGUCAACAUAAUAUUAGUUUGAAAAAAGAAUAUCUCCAUUUUAAUUUUAGAUAAUUUUAGAAUUCUCUAAAAUAUUUUCAGAAGAAUUGCUUUAAGAUAUUUUAAUUGAACAUAGAUUAUAUGAUAUUUUAUAUUAAUUUUAUUUGUAGACUAGUCUAAAGUUAAACAAAGUAUUUGAUUUGAUUUCUUAAGAUUAAAUUUAAUGUUAGAAUUUUAUAGAUUUGUGUUUGGAAUAAGAGAUCAAGAACAAAAAUGAAGGAUAAAUUUAAGGUAAUUAAAAAAGAUUAUUCUAAGUUUUUGAUUAAAUAGAAGAAAAUAGUAUUAUUUUAAAUAUCAUCUUUAGAUUGUGUUGAUUAAGUAUUAUAAUGCAUAACAAAAUAUCCUAAACUUUAUAAUAUUCUUUUGAUCAGAUCAACGAGAUUAGAAGAAGUUAAAAAUACUACAUAAGUAUAUUAAGGAAAUGAUCCAAAUGCUAAAUACUAUCGUUUUCUAAUUGAUACAGGAUUCCAUAUAGUAAAAAGAAAAAAAGAAAAUAUAGACAUUGAAUAAUGAUUUUUUUUUUAAAGCC